CUUAUUUCGAUUAAUUAAUUAGGCGACUAAAACAAAGGGACCACGACGAAAGGGGAUAUGUUUAAAAAGUUGAGCGGGCUGGUGUUUGUUGGGCAGUUUUAUUAAUAAAUAGGCUACUUUAGUCCACUUUCUUUUCUUUUCUAUGCAAUCAGAGCCCAGAGAAACUGCAAGGCAUCGAUGAAAAUAAGUCAUUGAGGAGAUAAAACCUUGAUCCAUUUAACCAUCUCAGGUCCGAUCGUUCAGCUUUUACAAAUACAUAUAGGAAUGUAUUUCAUUUAAAAACCUGAUGGAUUCACAAAUAAACUGCCUUGUGAUUGAGGAAUGAGCGCACGGCACCUCCACUUGAUUGCGCAAUCACAGUGCCGGCUGGUCAAAGAGGUGGGCGGGUCUGAAAGUUCGUGCUGAUGCUGAAGUAAAACAGUCCUCAAAGCCACAAUCAAUAAAUUAAUUACACGCGAAUGUUUAGGAAAAGAACAGGUCCUCCUGUGGACACAUUAAGUGCUUUUCCCCAUCGUACUUUUGUUGAAGUGGCCUAUUUGGCACUAAAAUGGUGCGUCCAUGUUCAUAUUUUGAAUUCAUGUACCGACAUCUCUUCUCAUCCCUCGUGCCUGAUGCACUUCAGACGACUUUGUAUUUGCACACGGUGCAAACAGCGUUAAUCACACGGCUGCGGCAAAUAUUUAGCUGUGUGUACUCUGCUUUGGUUUAAAGAAAGCUGAGCAGCUGUUUGGACGCUUUGCUGGCGAAGACAUUAAACAUCAGGCCAAACGGACUAGAGCAAGGCAGAGUUUGACUUUCUUUUUAAGUUAAUAGAAUCUUAGCGCAUGGUUGUUAUAAAUUUAAUGAUUUAAAAAAACGUUGGGACCUUUUCUGUACUGAUACUCUUGAAGACAUCAGUCAUGUUCACAAAUAAGAACCCAGAGAAAUCCCACCUGAUGACAGACAAGAAGAACACAUACGCCACAUCGGGGAGUGUGUCAUACCACGACGAAUUUCAGAAGGAUGGCACCGAAGGUGUCAAGCAUUGCCAUGACAACAGCCAUGCACAGGAGGAUCGAGAAAUGGAGAAAAAAGUUGCCAGGAGGAGGUUGUAUGUGGUUUCUGUUGUCUGCCUGCUUUUCAUGGUUGGUGAAAUUGUUGGUGGUUAUUUGGCAGGAAGCCUUGCUGUGAUGACGGACGCUGCUCACCUGCUGACAGACUUAACCAGCUUCAUCAUCAGCUUGUUUUCCCUCUGGCUGUCGUCAAAACCUGCCACACAGAAGCUCAGCUAUGGCUGGCACCGUGCAGAGAUCUUGGGUGCGCUCCUGUCAGUUUUUACUAUCUGGCUGGUAACUGGUGUGUUGGUGUAUCUGGCCGUGGAACGCCUUGUCAAUGAUGACUAUACCAUUGAAGGCAAUAUCAUGCUUAUUACUUCUGGCUGUGCAGUGGUGGCCAAUAUUAUCAUGGCAGUCACCCUGCACCAGUCUGGCCACGGCCACAGCCACGGUGGGCUCAGCUCCCCUGGGCAUGGGCACAGUCAUGGUCACAAGAGAGGAAAAGAAAAAAAUCAGAUGCCAAACAGCAUCCGUUCAAAUGAUGAGUGUAUAGAUAUGGAGCAAAAUCAGGCAAAUCAUGGUGGGAGGACUCAGCAGGCCAAUGCAAGUGUGCGAGCAGCGUUUGUACAUGUGAUGGGAGAUCUUCUCCAGAGUGUCAGCGUGCUCGUCAGUGCAAUCAUUAUCUUCUUUAAGCCAGAAUAUAAGAUUGCUGACCCCAUCUGCACCUUCCUGUUCUCCAUCCUGGUUCUGUGCACCACCAUCACCAUCAUGAGAGACAUCCUUCUCGUCCUGAUGGAGGGCAUCCCAUCUGGAGUGAAGUACAGUGAAGUGCAGGACCGUUUGUUAGCAGUGAAUGGCGUCACAGCUGUUCACAACCUUCACAUCUGGGCCCUCACCAUGAACCAGGCUGUGCUCUCGGCACACGUAGCUAUAGAUGAUACAGUUGAUGCUCAGACUGUUUUAAGAGAAAUGACACAGGCUUGUUUCUCCUCCUACAACUUCCACUCUGUUACGAUUCAAAUGGAGAGGGAGGCCGACCUGAAGCCUGGAUGCAUGCUGUGUGAAAACCCUAAGAAAUAGAAACCUGCUGGGAUUCCUUUUCCGAUCCCAUCAAAAUGAGGACAGGCUUUAGCUUUAGCAUCUGGUGAUAAUAAUGGAAAUUCUUUGAGGGUUUCCUUUCAAUGUGAAAUUUGUGUUGCAAUGUUUUAAGUGCCUUUGUAUUAAAAGUCUUGGAAAUGUUAUUUAAAUAAGGAUGACACAGGACAUAAAUGAUUUUAGGGGAAACCUAAUCACCCUGUUAGUAGUUUUAUCUUAAAUGCAGCUUCCAUUUGUUGUUUCUUUUUAAAAUGGUAUGAAAUUAAAAUUUGGGUGUCCCUUUUGUUAUAUAAAACCAGUAACUCAAAAUAUGAAUCAGCCACAAUAUUGAAAACACUGACACAAAUUACAACAAUCAAUGCAAGGUUUUGAUGAAAAUCUUGGGUUUUGGUUGAAUCUCUGUUCUACUUCUAAAAUCCAAUUCUAAUCCAGCAUUUGCAGAAGGGGUGGAUAUAGACCUAGGCCAACAAGAUUCCAUCCUGCAGCCUAGACAACUAAACAGAUCUACUGCAAAUAUCUCAUAAUCAGACAUCCCAAGACGUCCAGUGUUCAUACCCUGAUAGGUCAGCGCUGUUCUGACAGCAUGGGGAAGGCAGGUUGUUUUGAUGUUGUGGCUGAUCAGUUUUUAUUGAUCAAACUAUGGUGCUGAAGAGCUGUUUAAGCAUCAAUUUAGAAUACUGUAUGAAUCACCUCUAGAAGACAGUUUGGUUGUUUAAGACCAGUUUAUAUUUCUGUUUCAUGGACUGUUACACUGGAAACCUGCAUCAUGUAGUUUCAUCAAAGAUAAAAUCCUUUUUUUGAUUGCUUUUAUCAGCUGCAAGCUGCAGUCAGUUAUUGAAUAAAAUCAAAAUUUUUUAAA